UACCCAUUCUUAUUAUUUCACAAUACGUUUUCAUGAGCAAAUUGUUUUAUUGAUAAUUUGUUAAUACAAUUGAUUAAUACGAAAAAAAAUGCAUUUGCUGGUUCAGCCAAGGAGUAAGUCGUAUUAGUUCUGAAAAAUUAAUGUGUUUCUGAUUGAAAAAAAGAGCAGGAACAAUUAAUGUUCUCGUCAUAAAUGUGAUGGAGAAUGACUGCAUCCAUGCAAGCAUAGUGGAUUUGGUCGAUGCGAAGUACUUCCCUGACCCAAUCGCUGAGGGAUUCCUCCUUAUUGAGGAUAAUACCGGUUCAGGACUCGAUCGGGUGGAAGAAGAGUCUCCAUUCCAAAGACGGCAAAUGUUCUUGUUUGCCCAAGCUGAGCAAUGAAAUGGUGGAUUCUUCGAAGUUCUGGUUCGUUUGUCUUGUGGAUACGCCAAAGCACAAUUGUCUGGGUAUCAAUGUCGCAGAACGUCAACAGAGCCAACCUAUCCCUAUGACGAACGGGAAAAUGUGCGGAUUCCGUGUCGAAGAAGAUUGGUAGAGUGCGUUGACGAUUGAAUGGUGCCAAGAAUCUGUUCGCUUCGAAGAAGUUUUCCGUGAUUCGAAUUGUGAAGUUUGCGAGUUGUGGAUAUUGAAUUGUGUUGUCUCUUGCCAAUCCCAAAGAUUCAAUACCGUGAAUGGAUGUAUAAUGAGCACGGGCUCCAUUGAUGACAACAUCCUCGAGUGCUCUCCAAGCAUUAUCUGGUCUUGAGCUUGCAACAUCUGUAAUCCUUUCCAGAAGCCAAAAUGGAUCCACUCUGUGAAAUCCUCCAUUUUUGUGCACAAUGCGGAUGAGAUCCAAAAUUGCACCAAUAGACGGAAAAUAGUUUAAAUAAUCUUCUUAAUACUUUUUGAUUAUGUCAUCCAUAAUAUGGAUUCCAUAUAGCAGAACGCGUGCAUUUCCCUUUGGAAAGCUCCCGGAUUGACCUUUACUCCCAUUGAGGUAGAAAAUGUUUUCCUUAUUCCAAUUGAAAUCCAACGUGGUAUAGAUAGGAUAUAUCAGAAAUAUUAUAAUAGUUUCCAGAUGUUUGAACAUAUCGAUUGUACUGGUGUCGUGAUGUUGUUGGUGGCACAAUAAUAAUUUCCGAAAGAAGAUAGCUCUGAAAAUAUGUUUUUGGAAGAAAUACUGAAUUCUCAUCAUGGUUUUGUUUUUCAAUAAAUGUGUACACUAGA